UACUCAAGCUGCUCUUGUCGCUGUUGUCUCAUUUGUCUCAAGGUGAAGACGGAUAGCAGUUGCGUGGCUCAUGUUAGCAUCAGGGUAGCUAACGCCAAACAAAAGUCGCUGUUGCGGGACGAAGAACGGAUUUUCGAAUGAAUUAAUUUGAAGGCAUUGUUUAUCUUGGUACUUGGAGAGUAGUCCCUACAGAAGAGGAUUAGGGGCAGUGAAGAAAAAAAAACCAAGGUUGGCAGGAUUCUCACUUUUAUUUCAGAAUUCUGACUUAAUUCUGAUUUUAAAGUCAGAAUUCUGAGAUAAAAGUGAAAAUUCUGCUAUUCAGCAGACCAAGAAGAAUAGAGUAUACAGUGCAAUAGUGUUUGAAGCGGUGAUAGAUGAAACGGUUCAACAUGUCUGCGGCUGAGCCCAUCAUCUCGUCGAGACAGACGCAUAAAGAAAUCAAUGGCAUCACCACACAAGUUGUCUGCACAGAGUUCAGUAAUUACAUAUUUAUUGUCAUAACACAGUACGGUAAAAUCGGAACGCUGGUGUCCGUCACCCCUGAGUCCAGGUGCGAUGACUUCAGCAAUCCAAUGUUCUCCACCAAAGUGCUGCUGGGAAAGGAUGAGCCCCUGACGCAUGUGUGUGGCAAAAACCUGGGAACAUUUGUGUCCCAAGAAGCCGGCAACAGGCCCAUCCUACUGGGACUGGCACUCAAGGACUCCUCCGUAGAUGCAAUUAAGCAAAUGAAAGAGCUCAUCAAAAGCUGUAAAGUUUGGUAGGAAAGUUGCAAAGUGGAGAGGAGAAUGCCCCAAAAUCUCCCUUUUUAUAGUUUUUGUUUUCAUGGAGUUGUAUGUUUUUAAAUAGAUGUUUUAUUACAUAUAAAAAUGACACUUACUGUUUUUGCAAUUUGCCAUGUGAACAUGAUUCAUAAUACCGUACUGUUCUGUCGCAAUGUAAAUAUCCUACAGCAUCUCAUGAUAAGACAUUGUCAAUAAAAUGUGUCACAGAUGA